AUAUUUUAUUGAGUGACAUAUAUUCAUAUGACAUAGUUUAUAGUUUAAGAUUAUCAAUUAUUUAAAAAUUAAAUUGAUAUGAAGUAAUAUUAUCACUUUAAGUUAUCAAAAAAAUAUUUCCUUUUACUAUAGGAACUUGGUCUAAAACGUCGCAGUGUAGUAGUAGUUCGUCUGGUGACAUGUCUUCUCCCAAAAGAUCAUCUCAGCGUGUUACUUUUGAAAUUGUUUCUGCUAAAACGGUUUCACAAACAAGAAAAAAAUUUGUAAGUUAUACUGUUUUAAUCAAGAGGGUCCCUGGACUUGAAAGACAGCCAGGAGUGCUUGAACGCAGAUAUACAGAUUUUUUGCAUUUGUAUCAAUCACUAAAAAAACAUUUUCCAUCUGUUUUAAAUGACUUUCCAUUUCCUAAGAAAGCCCUACUAGGAAAUUUCACAGCAGAAGUUAUUACAGAAAGAAGUGUAGCUUUUCAACAUUUACUUGCUUACAUUUUCUCUAUUAGUGAACUACGACAGUCGAUAGAAGUAGCUGAAUUUUUUUAUAAUCGUGAACUGCAAGAUGCACAUAAGAUGAUGAAAGUGGGACAAUUUGAGGAUGCUUCGGUUAUUUUAGAAAAUGUGUAUUUUGUUCAAGAAAAGUUAUUGGGUGAGGAUCAUUUCUCGACAUAUUAUACUCUGUGUAUAUUAAUUGCUUGUCUUAAUGCAGUAGAUAAUAUAUCAGAAGCCCAGAAAUAUGCUGAAAUAGCCUUGCUGUACGUUUCGAAAUACAUCAAAAGUGAUCUCACUGUUCCUCUAAUGGUUCUUUCAAUCAGAUUGUGGUGGGCUGUUGGAAAAGACAAACGGGAUCUUGAGAAGAGGGUUCAAGAGAUGAAAAAGAACGGCAUAAACGUAGAAAAGCAGCCUACUCUGCUUGAACUUGUGCUUCACAGAGAAUGUCCUUUGGUUCAAAACUGAAGAUCUUAAAUCCUGUUGACUGCUUCUAGUCUCCAUAAUUUAUUUACUUAAAAUAAUUUAAGUAGGAAAUAUUUUAAAGCCAAUCUUUUAGGUAGAAUAAUCAUAUAAAAAAGUUAGC